AUGCCGAUCAGAACGCACCAAAGACGUAAUACUCAAGACCCUGAUGAACGAUACCUGAAGAGCAUUAAGCUAGACGUUCCCACUUUUGAUGGCCAAUCGGAGCCUAAAGAUUUCUUGGAAUGGAUCCGACAAGUGGACGAUUACUUCAACUGGUAUCCACUUUCCGAAGAGAGAAGAAUCAAAUUUGCGGCAAUGAAGCUAACGGGUCAAGCUAGCCAAUUCUGGGCUAACCUAGAAAUGAUGAGAGUAGCUCGCCAAAUGGGUCUCAUCAACACAUGGGUGGUUAUGAAAGGCAAGCUCAAAGAGAAGUACUGUAAUGCUUUGAACACUGAGAAUCCACACCAAACUCUCUCCCGAUUUAAAGCUAGACUUCGAGAAGAUUUGCGAAAUAAACUCUUGAUUCAAGGAAUUUCUGAGCUUGAGAGAGCCUAUGCCAUAGUUCAGGACUUAGAUAUUACGAGGUCUAGCUCCACUUUCAAGAAUUUCGUACAAGGGCACAAACAUACUUCGAGUCAAUAUCCAACUCGAUUUCAAACUCAAACAUCAUCACAGAAGACUGAUACCUCGAGUGGGAGUAAAGAACGGGAUAACAAAGGCAAGGGCACUGAAAGGAAUUUCUCAAAGAUUAGUUCCACUACUAAAUGUUACAAAUGCCAAGGGUAUGGGCAUGUGGCCGCUAACUGUCCAAGUCCAGUUAAAAUCGCCAUUGUCAUCAGAGAGCCUAUAGAAGAAUUAGAGUCAAAGACAGAUGAAUUUGUCUAUCAUGUGGAAGAAGAGGAUUUUGAUUCAAGUGAGGAAUUUGACGAGAAUGACAUUAGUCUUAGUUGCAUUCGAUCAACACCGUCAAGUCAACUAGCAGUCGCUAGAUGUGCCUUGUCCCAACCAAAGGAUAAGGAUGAUUGGAGACGAACAAACAUGUUCCACACAUUCACAAAGAUUGGAGUAAAAUCAUGUAAAAUUAUUGUGGACAGUGGAAGCUGCAUCAAUGCAAUAUCAUCUACAGAACUCGUGAUGUUUGCAAAGGAGAUCUGUCAAGAGUUUGAAAAGGGAGUCCCAAUCAUGAUACUCAUAACCAGGGAGGUUGCUAAAGAAUCUAACACCUCCCUUCCUCCUGAAGUCACUCCGAUGAUCUCGGAAUUUGCUAACGUUUUCCCUGAAGAUCUCCCAGAGAAGUUACCACCAAUGCGUGACAUUCAACAUGCUAUUGAUCUAGUCCCUAGAGCGAGUCUUACCAACUUGCCACAUUAUAGGAUGAAUCCUACUGAACAUACUAAACUCAAGAGGCAAGUUGAUGAGUUGCUUAAAAAGAUUGAUUUAAAGAGUGGCUAUCACCAAAUCUGCAUUCGUCCUAGAGAAGAAUGGAAGACCACCUUCAAAACGAAGGAUGGGUUGUACGAAUGGAUGGUCAUGCCUUUCAGAUUGACCAAUGCUCCGAGUACUUUCAUGCGAGUGAUGACGCAAGUUCAAUUAUUAGGGUUUGUAGUCUCUGCUGAAGGAGUAUCUGCAGAUCAUGAGAAAGUCAAAGCGAUAAAUGAUUGGCCCGAGCCUAAGAACACCAGUGAUGUGAGAAGCUUUCACGGGCUCGCUACCUUUUACCAUCGGUUUAUCAAGGGAUUUAGCAUGAUCAUGGCUCCAAUCACCGACAGUUUGAAGAAAGGUGAAUUUGAGUGGUCACGCGAAGCCACCAAAGCAUUUUUGGAAAUCAAGGAGAGAAUGGUCAAUGCCCCUGUUAUGCGCCUGUCCGAUUUUAACAAAAUCUUUGAAGUUGCAUGCGAUGCUUCUAGAGUUGGCAUAGAUGGAGGUCUCUCUCAGGAAGGUCAUCCAGUAGUAUAUUUUAGUGAGAAGUUGAAUGAUACACGUCUGCGAUACACCACCUAUGACAAAGAAUUUUACGCUCGAGAGUUGACAACAAGGCUGUUGAUGCUCUCAGCCGACGAGUCUAUGUCCUUCACCUUGCGACAUAAAGCGAGAGUUGACAACAAGGCUGUUGAUGCUCUCAGCCGACGAGUCUAUGUCCUGACAAAAUUAUCCACAGUUGUUGUUGGUUUUGAGAAACUUAAAAUGGAUUAUGAGUCAUGUCCCGACUUUAGUGAGAUGUAUGCAAUGUUGAUUGAUGGGACGACUCGGGAAAUUGUCGGCUAUAUCCUUCAAGAUGGAUUCUUAUUUCUAGGCCGUAGAUUGUGCAUUCCGUAA